AUAGCGCUAACAAUAAUAACGUCAUUUCCGGUUUGGCUGGCCCACAGAAGGCAAAAUGGAAGAAAGCAACAUUGUUGAGUUGAAUGCUCGGCUUCAAGCGCUGGAAAAGCGUGUGUACGGUGAACGUGGGCGAAGUAAUAAACCAGUUAAGUGUGUUGAAUCUUUGGCGAGGAUCAAUUCUGCCCUCGGAAACACAGCAAACAAGAGAGAACGAGUCAAGAUUCUUCACAAGAAAAUUGAAGAUCUGCUGAAGUAUAUAGAUCCACAGUUCACAGACUACAUUGCUGUGCCAGAUGCAAUGAAACUGGAGUUCAUCUUAGCAGAGGAGGACUUCCUGCGCUCCCAGGCUGCCUUGCUGGAGCAGGUGCACAACCUGCAGCCUCUGCUGGAGAGUCCACAUAUUAAAGCUGUUCCAGACCUUUCUACCAAAGUGCAACGUCUGUCUCAAAUUCACAUCAGUCAGCAGGACCAAAAUGAAGAGCUAUCUGCAGACGUGAAAAGGCUGUUUGAAGAAUACAACAAAAUGAUGUUUCUGUUGUCUAAACAGUUUACCCAGUGGGAUGAAAGCCUGAGGAAACUGGAAGCACCCAAACAGGUCCAGCUAACCGAUUAAGUCAAAUGAUGCUUGAUUUUUGACACUAAGUUAAUAAUGUCAUUUUUUUUCUUCUUGUUUUGUUGUACAUAUGUUCCUUAUUAGCUUACGAAGAUUUGCAACUGUUUAAUAUGGUUUCAAAGAUUAAAUGCACUCAGAGCUUGCAGUCAUUGAUGUAGUCUACAUUGUUAGCUUGAGUAAUAAAGUAUAAAUAUUAUACCCUUA